AUGGGUCAAACACCAACGAUAUCAACGAUACCGACACCGGCAAAAAGCAGUGGUUUCAUCACAUCAAAAACAGCAACACCAACACGAACAUCAUCUGACCCGACAUCAACUCCUCUAGAGGACAUAACGAAUAUUCCGUCAAUGAUAGCCUCAUCAGCGAGUGUAGCAGGUACAUCCUCGAAUAAUACGCCAACAAUAGUAACAGCAAUUGUACUUGGUAUAAUCGGAUUUCUUCUGUUAGCAGGAUUUCUGUUUCUAUGUUGGAGACGCCGUAAAUACAGAAGAUAUCGUGCGAAUCCAACGAUUUCUAAGAAACCAGGGAAACAACAACGAUUCACGCUUGAUUAUAUUCUUGGCACUGAUGGAUAUUAUCAAGCUGAUUCGGAGAUCUCUUCAAUACCUUCAACACCUUCAACUCUAGCCAGUGGUGGUGACACUCGUCCACAAUCACUGUUAAUUCAAGGUAACCCGCAUGCACAGCAAAGUAUGCGGCAAAUUUCACCAAGUGUACGAACAAUAUCAAAUCGUUCAAUCAUAACUCCAACGCAAUCAAGAGAUUCAUUACAUCAAAUUGAUUUUUCAAAACUUGAUGCUUAUGUAAGCGGAUUUAAAGAAGAUGAGGAUUCAUCAUCCAAUCAACAACGUCCCCCACUUCAACCACAACAGAGCUUAGAAAGUAAUGUGCCAGAUCAUCGGAGUCAAGAUAGUCAUUCUGCUCAACAGUCACCAAGUCAAUCCCAAUCUCAAUCUCAAUCAAGACAACAACAAGGAUCGGAUUAUUUUAAUGUGAAUCAGAGUCGAUCUAGUUCCGAUAGUAUUAUCACUCAACAAAAAAGUCUCGAGCACACUAAACCUGAGAUUGAACCUCAACGAGAAAUAUUAGCUACUGCUGCAAUUGAUUCACCUCCAAAAGUUUCAAGUCAAAAAAGUUUCGAGCACAAUAAACCUGCGGUUGAACCUCAACGAGAAAUAUUAGCUACUUCUGCACCUUCAAGUCAAAAAAGUCAAAAAAGUUUCGAUCACGAUAAACCUGCGGUUGAACCUCAACGAGAAAUAGUAACUGCUGCUGCGAUUGAUUCACCUCCAAAAGUUUCUAAUGUAGACGCUAUUCAAUUUCAGCCACCACCACCACAAGUUGAUCUACCAAGAAUUGACACAUCAUCCCAUUAUCAAAAACCUCAACCACCUAUUUCUCCACUUCAAUCCAAUCCACAACAAUUUGAGCCUCAGCAUGGAAGUAGUUCUCCAUUACAAUUUGAUCCGCGCAGUACCGGCACUUCAUCUCCACUUCAAUUCAAUCCACAACAAUUUGUGCCUCAGCAUGGAACUACUUUUCCGUUACCAUUUGAUCCACAGAAUACUGGCAAUUCAUCUCCACUUCAAUUCAAUCCACGACAAUUCGAGCCGCAGCAUGGAAGUAGUUCUCCAUUACAAUUUGAUCCGCGCAGUACUGGCAAUUCAUCUCCACUUCAAUUAUAUCCACCAAAGCUGCCUUCAUCUCCAAUUCAAAACCAUCCGCAACAAGCAGAUUCUUCUACUCCAAUUAAAUUUCCUACUCCGCAUACAACUAGUUCACCGCCACCAUUGUUAUCUCAAAAAAGUUAUCCGCAGCCAAUGAGUCAAAUUGAAUUUUCGGAUGAAGACAUCACACCUCCUACAUCAGAGCGUUCUCUACAGAGAGCUGGAUCAGUAAAACGAAGCAUCCAUAGAAAGAAUCGUGAUGCAUCGCCUGCAAAAUCAGAGGAUUCACUUCGUCGAAGUUUAUUGCGAAAUAGAGGAGGAAGUGCAGGUGGUAGUGGAGAACGAAGUAGAAGCCGCGAUAGUUCUGAUGAUGGGAGUACUCAUAAUCCUGAUCCAUCACCUCCAGUUGUACAUCAACAAAGUGAUCCCGUUUCUCUAUCUCCUCCAAAUUCAGGAACUCCAACUCACGGAGAAUCACCUGAAAGCUUUUCGAUUCGUAGCAAUUCAAGGUCACCAUUUGAAAGAGAUCAACAACAUCAAGGUGGCGAAAAUUGA